AUGUCUGGACGCGGUAAGGGUGGUAAGGGACUUGGAAAAGGAGGUGCUAAACGUCAUCGUAAGGUCCUUCGUGAUAAUAUACAAGGGAUAACAAAACCAGCCAUUCGACGUUUGGCUCGACGUGGUGGUGUCAAGCGUAUUUCUGGCCUCAUAUAUGAGGAGACACGUAGUGUUCUGAAGGUUUUCUUGGAAAAUGUAAUUCGUGACGCUGUGACGUACUGUGAGCAUGCUAAGCGAAAGACAGUUACGGCAAUGGAUGUCGUAUAUGCACUGAAACGUCAAGGACGUACACUUUACGGUUUUGGUGGAUGA